AUAAAAUUGGACGUAUUUUUCAUCGAAUGAAUAGAGUCAUUAUAAAUUAAAGUGAAUAAAUAUGCUGACUUGUGCGCGUCGGCUGCCCCCGAUUUCAAAAAAUUUAUUGCGUCGUUGUGCCGCCACACUGCGACACACCCACGAUGGACAGGAGGAUGAGGAUGUCAGUGCCACAGUGAAACGUAUUCGAGCGGAGUUGGCGGCGGACAAACAGCAACUUAAGUGGCGCAAACCAGUCGGCGACAGACCAGAGGAUUGGAACAGCAAGCUGAAACUGUUCUCCAACUCGGACCAGAAUUCGGAUUUCAUUGUGAUGAUGCAGCGACCGCUGGAUCUGAGCCCAAAGUCAAUAAAGAACUGGUGGGAGAAGAAACAAGAGCGUCUGGAGCGACACAUGCAGCAAUAUAUUCCUGAACGCCACAAAAUUCUGGGCGCCGACUUGGCUUCAGCUCACUUCAUUCUCUAUCGUGGCGGAGCAGCAAAGUUUUACAAUGACAAUCGAUGGCAUCGUGCCAACGAGAACGGCGAGUUUAAUUUGCCCAAUAAGUUCCAUCCAGACUAUAAGCUGGAGGCCUUGCGUUGUGACAACAUGCAACUUUACUAUGAGGGCCUGGAGAACUUGCGUUGCCUGGAUCAGCUGAAAUUUCUUUCGUUUCACAAUGUCAAAACGUUUGGUGAUUGGUGCCUAGAUCGUGUGUCUGGUGGCGAUUAUCCUAUGCUCGAGGUCCUGGACCUCUCCGGAACAACCAUAACCGCAAGGGGACUAUCUUGUCUUUAUCGCCUUCCAGCGCUAAAAUUGCUUAUUCUUGAUGAUCCCAAGCAAUCGUUGGAGCUUGAACUGGCCAUUGCAAUGCUGGAGGAGGCGCAGCCAUCCCUUAAAAUUAUUGCUGGUGAUACAAUACACAGCGAAAGUUGAUUUUAAAAGUUGUUAAAAAAUAUUAUAUUACCCAAAGUAACAGAUUUCAUUAUAUUAACUUUUUUGGGA